UGUUCCUCUUCUUUUAGGCGUGAAAUUAUUUCAUUCUUUUAGUUGAUGAACGGAAAUGGAAAUGAAUAUCAAUAGUAAUGGAAGAAGAAAAAAAUUGAGUGUUGUCAGAAAAAUUUAUAUUCAUUUAACAUCUGCUUGCUGAAAAGUUAUAUAAAGAAUGCUUUUGUAUUUAUCAAACCUUGCCAAAUCACUUUUAUACGCGAAACAUUUUGAUCUAUUUGGCAACAUAUAGUGAAUAACUUCUGUAUCAGAGUCUUGUUUUGAAUGUAAACAAAUAACAAGGGAGAAUUGUUGUUGGAGAUGUUGAAGUAUUAGAAGUGCCUAAUCGGAGUAUUACCAUGAUAUAUUAUUUAUUUAAUAUAUAUGGGAAAAACAUUUUGAAGUGACUUGAAAUGUCAUCUCAUGGACUGAAUCCCAAAUUUAUAGAUCUUAAAAUUCUUGAGCGACUUCAGUCUUCAGUUUCCGACUCAAAUAUACAUAAUGUCGAUGAUGUCUCUAGUGUUACUGGCAGUGGUGAUUUAAAACAGGUAAAAGAAAUUGUCCGAAAUAAUCAUUGGCCUAUUGAUCAUCCCAUACGGCAAGAAUUAUGGGAUUGCUUGUGUAAAUAUAUCUCCUCUGAUAAUCAUGUGGAUUUUUAUUACGAAAUCGAGAAAGAUUUGUUCGGGGAAGCCUAUCUUCCUACCAGUUUGCCAUCUUUUGUCGAUCCUGCAUACUGUGCUCGCUAUUAUCUGAAUGCAGAGGGAAAAAAAAGUGUUGAAAAAAUUCUUCAUGUCAUUCUUCACAUAAAGCCUGAUAUCACUUACUGUCCAAUUUUAUACCCAUUAAUUAGCCUCUUUUUGCACUAUAUGUCAGAAGGAAUGGCAUUUUCAUGUGCUUUAAAGUUGUUGGCUGAUAGGCAAAACUAUAUUUCUCAAACAAAAUCUGAUCAUGCUUCUUCUGCUUAUUUAGUUUGCAGACUUACUAAAAAAUAUGCUAAAAGUGCUUAUUCUCAGCUUGAGAAGGAACUUAAAGAACAUGAAGAUUUAGAAAGUAUGUUCCAAAACUGGCUAUCAUGGAUAUUUAAAGACUUGCCAUUUCCUUAUUUGGUACGAAUUAUUGAUUGCUUUUUAAUUGAAAAAAAGAAAUGCUUAUAUCGUUGGGUUCUUGCAAUGCUCAUUUUAUAUAGCAAAAACUCAGAUAAAACUGUUGAUGAAAAUCUAGGGAUUAUGCAAAAGCUUCUGGAUUUUUUUCAGAAUUUAACAGUGCCUGUAGAAAAGAUAUUUAAAAUUGCCUAUGGAAUACGAGGUUUCAGUGAAAAAAUUAUAAAUCAGCAUCUCCUUAAAGUUCAGAUGAUAUUGAAAAGCCAGUCAAAUCUCAAUGAACGCUCACAUUCUCUUGAUCACUUAUCAGCAUCAGAUCCUGUAUACCAUGUUGAAGUAAAUUCAGCUGCUCAGCCAGUGGUAAAAGAGUUAAGAAUGGAAGCUACAUCAAGAACAAGAUCUGUAGGUGUUGUGGCACUGGGUAACUUCAAAUCUGAUAUUAUCUCUGCUGAACAGAUGAGUAUCAUCUGGGCAUGGCUUCCACUGAGGAUGUCAAUGUUACAACCAGAAGUAAUUUAUUCUUCAAAUGUGCAUGGAGUUUGUUUAACGGCAUUUUACAUGACUGUUGGUUCAUUUGAACCUACUGUUAUUGUAAUUAAAGCAAUGAAUGAUGAGAUUUUUGGGGCUUAUUGUUCAUCUUCUUGGAAUUUGAGAAACACAAGUGAUUCCCAAAACAAAAAAUUCUCUUAUUUUGGGACUGGCGAAACAUUCCUUUUCACUCUAAUACCUGAGGCAAGAAAAUAUCCAUGGGUUGGUUAUAAUACUGAUGCAGAUGUACCUCAUUCAGCAAAACUGUUUAUGGCAGCAGAUAAUCACAUGAUUAAUGUUGGGGCUGGGAAUGGCCAAGGACUUCUGCUUGAUGAUCAGCUAUUGCAUGGGAGAACUGAUCGUUGUGAUACCUUUGAUAAUAAUCCUUUAUGUUCUCAAAAAGAUUUUCAGUGCAAAAUUGUUGAAGUUAUUGCUUUUAAAUGAUAUUUCAGAUAAACAUUCUUAGGGUUAAAGGAGGCUUUUUUCCUUUAAAUAAGUAUUUUGUUGACCAUUAUUUUAUACUCAGUAGUUGAUAAUUGGAAAAAAAAAAAAAAAAAAAAGUAAUAGUAUUAGGUAUUUCACACAAUUUCUUUUUAAUUUUCUUUGACAUAUUGUGUAUUAAAUAUUAUAUAUUUUUGUAUUUUAAUGAAAAUGAAAUAUCUAAGUAUUUAAUAAAAUAAGGUAUUUUAUAUGAUUUUUUAAAAACCCAUGACAUUUUCCCUCAUAACAUAUUUAUCAUUUGCCGGGAAGAUGAUCAUGUGCAAUAUCUCAAUGUAAUUGAUAUAAUGUUUGUUACUUGUUUAAAUAGUGUUAUAUAAAUUUUAAGAUAUCAAAUUUUAAUUCGUUUUUUUUUUUUUUUUUUAUUAGUUGUAUUAUUAUUUGCUGUGAUUAGAUUUGAACUAAAAUAAGUAUUUAAAUACUUUGAUACUACUAAAUAAGGUAAAAAUCUGUUCCAGAAUCUACCUACUUAUAUGGACAUUUGGAAAUAGUGAAAAAUUCUGAACUUUUAAGAUAUGAUUAAUUCAUUCUGUUAUAUAUCAGUUUGAUUACUGAUUUUUUGUGAGUUUUAUUUUUCUAUUUAUUGUUUAGUUUCUUUAUGUGAUACUCAUUAAUUAUUGAUGUGAUACUUAUCCAUUCUUUGAGUUGUGUUAUUUUAAUCUACUUAUCAUUUGCACUUUUUUAAGGUUUUCAGAUGUUCUAUGUAUUGGAUAUCCAUUUGCCUUUAAUUAAUGGCUUCUUCAUUUCUUAAAAAGCUUUUCUUGUUCCAGAAGUAUUAACAGAUUGUUUUAGUGUGUUAUGUGAUUUGUAAUUUUUUGCUGCUUAGGAAAAAAGUCGAGGUGAGGCCUGAGCACAAUUUAAAAUACUUUUAAUAAGAAUAUUAGUAUUUUGUGCUGAUUUUCUCAUAAUUUGGGAAGAAUUUACAAUGAAAACAACUAUGACAGUUUUGACCUCUUUUAAAAAUUACAGAAGAUAAGGAAUAAAUUCCAUUAAACUACAAAAAGAUUCGAACACCCGAAAAACCUGGCAAGCAUUACGAAAUACUGAGUGUAGUCAGGGCCAGGUUAAAGUCUUAGAAGAUUUUCAUGCCUCCACUCAUAUUUACACUAAUUUUGCCACAUUCCUUCUCUUUUGAUCUUGGUUUAGCUGCACCAUACAUUCCAUUGUAAAACUGCUAGUGUGAAAUUUUUGUGGUAAAUCCUGAAUCCCUAAACACCUUUCUAUGGUGACCCGUUUCAUUGAUGCCCUAAGAACAUGCUUAUUUUGCUUAAUAGUUAAUCCAGCUUCGAUUUUAUUAGCCACAUCAUUUAAAGGUGUUAGAAGCUACUAAGCUUAGUUUGAAUAUUAUAAUUAAUUUUGAUAAACAUACACAAAAUUCCUAUUUUAGAAAAGUUUUUUUUUCACAUCCCAGAGCUUGGUUUAUUGGAAAAAAUUGUAUAUGAUCAACUUAUUUCUGCAAAGGCAGAACCCAUAUCAGUACUCAAAAGUUUUGUUCUCUUUUAUUGUAAACCUGCUGACAAGGUAAAAUCAAAUAACUAGCAGGUUAGCAAGAAGUGUUACCAUUAAUUUAUAAAAAUUGUCAAGUAGCAAGAAGUGUCACCAUUACAUUAAUAUAAAUUGUUAAAGUUCAUGUAAAAGUUCAGUUUUUCAACGGUUUGAAAAUGUCCAUAGAGUCAGGUAAAAUUUUCCUGUUAUAUGUUAGCAUUUCAGAAAGAUUUUUGUUUUCUACUUUAAGUGUUUGAGUUUUAUUUUUCAUGUGAAACAUUUUAUGUAAGUAUUUCUAAGCUCAAUUUUAAAAUUAUAUAACUUUUUUUUAUGAUGAAGUACUGAUAUUAAACAAAAUGUACAGUAUACUCUUUUAGGAGUAUUCUUAAAUCAUGGAAUUUCACAUUUCAUGUUUAUAUGCCAUUUUUGCCAAAAUGAAAAAUAUGGGAAUUUGUAACAUAGUCCUCUUGUACUAUUUCAUGUUAUACAAAUGCAGACUUCUUUGAGUCUGCAUUUCAUAAGUUCCUAGUUAUGUGCCAUAUAACUGUUAAGUUAUACUUAGUUAACUAGUAUAUGUUUUUAUAGUUUGAGUGAGCAAAUUAUCAUUUUCUUCAUUAUUUUGAAAGUCACAAAUGAAGUCAUUUUGAAUUCUGUAUAUUCCAAUAUCUGACAAACAUGCAUUUUCAUGUAGUAUCUGUAUAGUCACAAAAUAAGUACAUUAAAAUGCAUUUUACUAUGUAAUAAAGAUGUGUGAUAUUGAAUGAAAAUGCAUGUAUUUGUAAGGAAAUAUUAAAACUGUUAUAUUAUUACUCUCCUGCUGUAUUAUUCUUACAAAAUAAUUGAGUUAGAUCAGUGAUAAUCAACUGGUGGUCUGCAAGACACAUGAGAUCUGUAACAAAAUUAGCAAAGUUUAUUAUUAUUGUUUCUGCUAUCUUAUUAUUUUCAUUCAAAGAUUGUUUGGAAUUAAAAUUAUAAGAGUUUUGAAUUAUAUUAAUCAAAGAUAUAUUCAAAAUGUUUUCUAAAUAUAACAUACUGCAUGGCUUGUGGCUCUAAGAUAAUAGUUUAAACUGGCUAUCAAGCAUACAGAAAUUGGCUACAUUGAGUUAAAUAAUAACUUGAAUAUUGUGUUAUUUUUAAUUUUAUUUUUAGUACUUGUGAUAUCUUUUUGUAAAUAUUGAGUAGUAUCAUUUAAAUGUAUAAUUUACAAUUUUAGAUAUUGUAUUAUUAGUAUAAUAUUGUUGUCAGGAAUAAAUCAGAGUUUCAUAUUUGGCAAAUCUUAAAAAAAAAAUUUAAAAAAAAAAAAAAAAAAAAAAUUGUAAUUUUACAUAUUUGAUAUUCUGAUUUUAUUUAUUGCUGCUUUUCUAAAUAAAAAUAUCAAAAAUAUAUUAAAACCAGUUAUUGAAAUUAAGAAAAUUCUCUUUUAGAAAGAAUUUAGAUUCUGUUGUUAGAAAUAUAUUAAAUUGAUUAACCUUUUGUUUCUAAAAAUAAUUUUCAACUGCUCAAAAGUGUCUCCCCCCUUCAUUUUUUUACAUUAGGAACAUUAAUUUUAGAAAAACAAAAUUAUUUAUUUAUGACUAUUAUAUGACUAAUUUGUAAAAUUUAUAUUGUACAGACUUGAUCAAUAGGAGAUUAUCAUAUAGUAUGUUAUAGGUAAAGUAAGGUAUUAAAGAAAAGGCUGAGGUAAUUGGAAGUGAUAGAUGUAAAAUAAGCGUGCUUAAUUUAAAAAUUUGAAGAAAUUCCACCUGUGCUUGACAUUUAUUGAAGCAUGUUCACUGCCAAUUAUAUGCAUUGAGGUAUAUGUUAAUAUGUUAUUUUUAUGUUGGUUGAUAUUGUGGGUUCUAUGUGUAUAAUUGUUAUAGGCGUGACAGUAAAUGCUGUAAAUAUAACUUUUUUGUUUUUGGUUUUACAUUUUUUUCAUUUGUUUUUCCAAAAUUUCACCAUGCUAUGAGUAGUUUAAAUGACAAUUUACCAGGGUCUUCCCAUCCUAAACAAGCAAGAUAAGGGCACAAGAAAACCAUUACCAGAUGGGGAAAAAAAAAACUUUCAAAAUAUUUAUCAGACAUGUGUCUAAAUAAAUCCAGUUUUUUAAACAAAGAAGAAUAUGUCCCUCACACAGAUGAUUCUGAAUAUUCAGAUAAUUGCAAGAAGCUAAUGAGAAAUUUCAACAUAGCAAGAAUUCGUCAUGCUAGGAAAUGUAAUUUCUGAAGAUCUUUCUUUGUAUUAGAAUGGCUUCUGAUGAAAUUUCAUGUACCUAUAUUACUGUGGCAGUUAGCAUGCUAGAACAUAGUGUAAUGUAUUUCAAGAGAUGGACUGAUAUGAGCUUUUUUUAAGGAAGCAGUAUUCUUUUGAAUGUUCUGAUUGUUUCAUAUCUUUAAUAUAAAUGUUAUUGCUGUGUCUAAGGAAAGAUUUAGUCCCACAUUUUCAGAAUAUCAUAAUUUUGGACAGUUUUACUUGCAACGGGAAGCAUUCAUUUUAAUUGUUUAAAUGUUGUGCAAAUGAGAAGCAGUAGCUGAACAUUUUUAGGAAUGCCAAUUGUGUAGAAAUAUUACAUUUUCUCAAAUUUUCUUCAGUUGAAUUAUAUUUCAUUGAAACCUUUUGUUUGUAUCUCCUGUGUCAUAAAAUGUGUCUGCUGAAAUGUCGCUCAUGUGUAUGCAUUUAAAAUGUAACCAUCAUACAUCGUGUAAAAUGUUGACCCUUGACGAAGAAAGAAAUAUCAAUAUCGGAUUGUUGCUUGCAGUGUACAAUUGUAUGAUAUAUAGAUAUACAAAACACUUGAAGUAAAAAAUGAAAAAAUAGACUUUCAAAGAUAAAUUCUAGCACUAAUGUAUCUAAGAUUAAUUAGAUUAUUAACAGAGAAACUAUCCCUUCAGAAAAUGAAGGAAAAAAAAAACUAUUACAGUUAAAAUACUUUUGUAAGAUAGAAGUGUUAGUUAAAGAUUAAGUAUGAAAGCUUUUUAAAGAUUAUUAUUAUUGUUGAUAUAUUGUUCUUUUAAAGAUAUUAUUAUACUUAAAAGAUAAUUAUUAUUGUUGAUUCCAUGGAAAAAGACUGACUUUUCAAAGGGUAUUUAGCCCUUCUUUGAUAAAAUCACCAACAAUUAUUGAAAUCUGAUCAUGUUUCGCCUUCUGUGUCUUCUUGAGUGAAGUUCAGUUUAUAAUCCAAAGUAAUAUUUCAACUUCACAUGAAUUAAUUAAUAAAAAUUAAUUAAAUUCACACGAAUUAAUAAAAAUUUGUAUGAAUUUUAUUUAUUUAUUUAAUUAGACAAUAAAAAUAUCCUGACAUGAUCUGAUUUCACGAAAAAUUUAAAUUGGCAAAGUUUGGUUCAUUUUAAGAUUGAGUUUUGCCAAGUUUUAAAACAAAAUGUAUAACAGAUUUCUUUUUAAUAAUUGUAUUUGCUUAGGUUAUUUUUUUAAAGUUCUGAAAAAUAAGAAAAGAGUUACAUAUUAUUAUGCUUUUAAAUGCGUUAAAAUUAACAAAAUUAGAUUAAAUUCAUUUUCUUAGGCUCUCAUAUUUAGAAUUAAGAAAUUAAACUCCUUCCUGUCAUCUUAUACAUAUUAUGUAUAUAUUUUUUUUCUCAUUUCAAUUAAGAAAGUUUUCCACGAUAAGUGUAUAUAAAAAUGUGUGUAUAGUAAAACUAGUACAUUAAGUGUAAUUUUAACAAUUAUUCAUAGUAGAUGAAAAUGCUUUGCUGCCUUUAAAAAAAAAUGCUUUUUUUAACAAAUGAGAUUAAUUGAAUUUUUUUGUCAUUAUAUAUCAUCUAUAAGUAUUUUUUUGUUCAGUAAUUUGUAAAAUAUCUGUGAUAUAAAUAACAACAAAUAUAUUUAAGGCCUAUUUAUCAACUGUAGAUUAUCUUUGUACUAUAUAUUUUUUUUAAUUUAUUAUAGAUUAAAUGUGGUGUGUGUGUUUUAUUCAUGUACUGUAUGUCUUAAUGCUGGGAUUUAAUUUUUGUUUGUAUCUGAACCUAAAUAAAUGCUAUUUAUUAUAAAUGUAAAUGAUUGCCAUCAACAUAUAGAGAUUAAUUGUCCAUGACACUGAUAUUUGCAAAACUAGUCUGGUAUGCAUCGGUAUUGGUUUGUUAAAUAUAUACAUAUACCUGUAUUUAAGAAUUAUCUGUUUAUAUGAAAAAUUAUGUAGUUUUAUCUUUAUCAUCUUGAUACAGUGUUAUAUUUUUUCUUUAAGAGGGAGAACCAGUACUUCAGAGCUUAUUAUUUUAUUUAAGUUUUUAAAGUAACCAAAGAUUUACUAGAAAUACUGCAAGAUUCUAUAGAAAUAUUGGAAAUUAUUAAUUUUACCAUCCUACCAUAAAUAUGUUUUAAUGAGAGUUUAAAAUUAUUAUUUGUGAGUAGUUCUGAACUUUCAUGAACUAGCAUAAUAAUUGAAUCAUGUGUAUGCAAUUUUGAGUGUAAAAUACUGAAUCAUGACAUUUGAGCUCCAAAAAUACAUCUGCAAUGAUUAACUCAAACUAAACUUACUGUAAAAAUUUCCCGUCUUUUAUUUAGUUGGUUAGUUUACUUUAGAAAAGCUAGCAAAAUAAAUAAAAUUCCCAUGUGAUCCCAUUUCUAAAAGUAUUUGAAACUUUAAAUUUUUUAAAGGUGUUUUUGAAUAAUUCUGAAGAUGUGUGUAAACAAGUAAUAUUUUAUAAUUAUCAAAUUCAUGUAAAGUGUCUGUGCUUAAAAAUGUGUAGUUUUAUUGAUCAUGACUUUUCCACUAAACAUUUAAAUUUGUUUUUAGUUUAGGGAUAUAGAAACUUUUAAUAAUUUUUUUCUUGGGAUAGUUCUCCCCUUUUCUAGUUAGUACCAAAUAUCCAUUUAAUUCACAGUUAAAUAUUUUUACCUCUCUAAAUGAAGAAAUAUUAACGUAUUAAUUACAAGAAAAUUUGUGAUAUAAAAAACGUUUAAAGAGCAGAAUAUUAUUCUGACGUUUCAAAACAUUUAAAUUGUAUUAAAUUAAGAACUAGAUACAUUUUUGCAAAUGUUUCUGAAAAAAUGAGCCCUAUGAUAUGCAGUUAAAAAAUUAUCUAAAAAUACUUUUUUUAUUUCUGUAAAAAAAAUAUGUAUAUAUAUAAUAUAUCUAGCAGUAUUUCAGAUUCGAAAGUCCUAAUGUGAUUUUAAAAACAUACAUACUUUUAGGCUAAUUUUGUUUUCUAGACUCCAUUUUGAAAGUACAUUGUCUUCAAAUGUAUUUAAUCGAAGCAAUGUAUGAAAACUGUCAAGAUCAUCAUAUAACUUUGUGUAAAGCAGAGUUUCUUAAACUGUAGGUCAUGAACCCCAUCUGCAGCAGGGGGUUGCCAAAACUUUUAGCAGUUUUGAUAUUUCUUUAACUUAUUAUAAUAAUUUUACAAUUACCAAAUAUUUUUACACAGUGUAUCUGAAACUAGAUAAAGAUAAGACAAUACAAACAAAGAACAAACGACAAUGUUUCGAUACGUUCUUUUCAUAAUAUAAAUGUUCAUUUUACUUGCUUUGUACAUGAUGCUGUCAUUUACUUAUUUAGAAUUUUCUCAUUGUUUUAUGUUUUAAAAUUAAAUAUUAAAGUUAAUUACCUGAAACUGCAAUAUAUAACAGUACAAGUGAAAAAAAAUUGACAGUUUCACUCACGCGUGUGUUGGAUUUGCACAAUGCUUAUGGGGUCCUACAAAAUUUUUGUAAAUAUUAUGGGGUCCUGGGGGCCGCAAAAAAAAUCUCAAUAAUAAAAAGGGGUCGCGACUCAGAAAGUUUAAGAUGCCCUGGUGUAAAGCAACCAAAAUUUUACAAUCCAUUGUCUUUUCUCUCCUUUUUCUCUUUUUAAAUUUAUAACUUAAUUUUCAUAUUAAUGUAUUCCAGUUUUAAUAAUGUUUUUGUUCAUCUUUCUCAGCAAAUUUCAAGGUUUGUGGCUCAAUUUUGUAUACCUUAUCGCAUAUUUUAUUAUCUGCUGAAAAAUGCAAUUAUGAUAAUGGGUUAAUAUUUUUCUCAUGAUGUAAAUAGCAAAACAUGCUGUUAUUAGACACAUUGUUCAUUGUUGAUUUAAUGUAUCAUAUAAAAAUUAUUAUAUUUAUGUCAAAAACAACUUCUAAGAUACAUGCAUGUUAUUUAUCACGUUUUUUUUUUCAUCUGUUAAUGUGUGUAUAUAUAUAGAAAUAUAAAGAUAUUUAAUUUUAUGAUAGAUAGAGCUAUGGAACAAGUAAUAUUCUUUGAUUAUUAUUGACUGUAUGUUUUUUAAGUUCAUGCUUGUUAUAUGUUUAUUUUGAGUGCUUACUGAUUCUGAGAAUGAAUGAAAGCAAUAUUUGAUCCAUCACAUAAAUGGAAAAUUUUGUAUUUGAUAUUUAAAAACUAUAUGAUAUUAUAUAUUAUUGUGAUGUUUAAAUUAGUGGUGCGUAUAUUGCUAUGUAUGACUUUGAUGAAAUGCAGAUAAGCAAUUCUCAGUUUUCUCCCAAAUAUGUGUGACAGUGAUAUAUAUGGCUAGAAUAAACGUCUUCAAAAGCAGG